GGGCAGGGAAAGCGGCUGCAGCUGGCCUGGACCGUCACGUCCCCCUUCCGCCCCUUGCGCCCUCUUCCUUCUGGGGGCCGGGGCCAAGAGGGGGCUGGUUACCGCCCUGCGGGGUUUGGCGGGAGGGGAACGUCCCACGCGGCUGUAACUUUCACUUUCCUUUUCCCUGGUGCGGAAAUGCUGCGAGCGGGACCAGCCGCCGUGCCGGGAAGGGAGCGCGCCGCGGCGCCUUUAAGCCAGGGCUGGGAGAAACAAGGGGAACGCGCUGCCGCAGGGAAUUGAGCCCCCUACCGCGUCCCUGAGCGGUACAAGUCCCCCGAAGAUCAUCACACCGCUCAGCGGGACCAAAGAGUGUCUCUACCUAAUGACUGGAAGAUAGCGAACGUGAUGCCAGUGUUUACAAAGGGCUCUAAAGGUGAUCCUGGCAAUUACAGACCGUUCCAGUGAAAUGAAAGGUCUCUCCAUUUACCGCUGCUCCAGAGCCAGCGCCUCUCUGCCUGAUGUUAUCAUUUUCUUCAUUACAUUUUAUGUUCAAAAGCUGGAAUCAGCACAGUUUAAAGUGUUGGGACCUGACCAGCCUGUCACGGCCUUGGUGGGAGAUGACGUCGUGUUACCCUGUCGCCUGUUCCCCAGGAUGAGCGCUGAGAACAUGAACGUGACUUGGUUCCGGGCCCACCUCUCUCCAUUUGUCCAUCGCUAUAGUAAUGGAAAGGACCAAUACGAGCAGCAGAUGCCGGAAUACCAGGGGAGGACAGAGCUCUUGAAAGAUGGUCUGACCCAGGGGAAUAUUGCCUUGAAAAUUUUUCACGUCAGUCUCUCUGACGAGGGGCGGUACAGCUGUUUUGUUCAAGAUGCCCUCUUUUAUGAAGAAGCGCUGCUGGAACUACAGGUGGCAGCUUUAGGCUCUGCUCCUCAUGUGUCCAUUGAGGAUUACCAGGAUGGAGGGAUCCGAGUGGUGUGCCGAUUGGCUGGGUGGUACCCGGAGCCCAAGGUGGUGUGGAGAGAUCUCAGUGGACAGGCCGUUCCUUCAGCCUCUCACACAAAUUCACGAGAAGCCAAUGGACUGUAUAGAACAGAAACUUCUGCCAUUAUAAUGGAAAAUUCCAAUCGGAUCGUGUCCUGUUUGGUCAGGAACACCCGCCUCAGCCAAGAAAAGGAAUCAACAUUAUUUUAUAUUUCAGAUUCCCUUUUCCCUAAGGUGAAUCCCUGGAUGGUGUCUCUGGGAGUGACCCUGGUGGUUUUGCUGGGCUCCUUUGCCCUGAGUGUUUAUCUCUUCAGAAUCAAAGAGAACCAGGCGGCAGAACUCAAGAACCAGGCAGCAGAACUCAGCUGGAGAAGAUUUGCAUUCUCUGCAGAAAAAGGUAACUGA